GAGAGGCUGCGGGGCCGUCGCGCCGCGGCUCGGGCGAGGCGAUCGUCGGCGGCAGCCGAGACUUCGCUGCCAGGGGCCCGCGCUGGGGGCCUGAGCCUCCUCGAGAACCGCUCCGUGGGCAAGGCUAUGCAGAAGCGGUACAGGGUGACCUUCGACUCGUUCAUGGACUUUGCCGAGGUGGAGUGCCUGGAGACCGCGAGCCCGGCAGAAGUGGACCUGGCGGCGCUCGAGUACCUCGACUUUCGGUACCUCGAAGGGGACCGCUGCGAUGUCGGGAACACGCUGCUCGGGGCCGUGCUCUUCUGCCGCACUGACGUAGCCAACCUGGGGCGAUCGAGCCUCCCUCGCCUCCGCCGGGCCUUGAGGGGCUUUCGCAAGGCGGCGCCGCCGGCCAGCCGCCUGCCCCUCCCGUGGGAGUGGUGUGCGGCGCUGGCUGCGGCCAUGCAGUGGAGGGGCCACACCCAGGCGGCGAUCGCGUUGGUGACGUCCUUCGACACCUACAUUCGGCCAGGAGCUCCCAUGUCGGUGCGGGUGGGGGACGUCCUCCAACCAGUGGCAACCCAGGGCAUGGACCGCUGGGGCAUCACCCUGUUCCCGCAGGAGCGCGGCGCGAUGAGCAAGACGGGGGCUCAGGACGACACGAUCAUCUUCGGCAACCACGACGUCGACACGGCUCGGCUCGUCAGGUUCUCGAUGGGUCGGGGGAGCGACGACGAGAUGCCGUUCCCGAUCGGGAUGCGCCUGUACAAGAAGCACUUCGACCAGGCGUGCGUGGACCUGGGCCUCGACAAGUUCAAGCUGGUGACCUACCAGGCCCGUCGCGGAGGCGCCACCCGGGACAUCUUGCUGCAGCGCAGGACGCUCGAGGAGACUCGCAAGCGGGGCACGUGGGAGACCUACUCCAGCCUGCGCAGGUACGAGAAGAGCGGGAGGGUGCAGAAGGUGAUGCAGUCGACCCCGCCCCACCUCCUCGCCUUCGCCAAGCUGGCGUGCGGAAACCUCGAGGAGUGGCUCCUUGGCUCGCCGUCGACGGUCUUCGCCGGCACUGCAGGUGUCAGCCGCGCCUUGGCCAGGCUUGGCGUGCCCACCUUGGUCUACGAGAUCUUCGAUGGGCCUGGCGCCGAUGUCUCCCAACGUGCCGUUCAGGACCUCAUUUUGGAGCUUGUGCGAUCCGGCUCGAUUCUCUUCGUCUGGAUUGGACUGCCCUGCGCAACCUACAGCCGAGCCCGCGCCGGUGGCGCGGGACCUGGCCCAGUGAGGUCCACAGCUCGCCCUUUGGGCUUGGACGGGCUGUCGGCCAAGGACGUUCAGAAGAUUGCAGAUGCCAAUGCGCUGACCCGGUUCACGAUUCGUCUCCUGAAGUGCUGUCGCCAACACAAUGUGCGUGCCGUGCUCGAGAACCCUCGUACAAGCAUUCUCUGGCACGUUCCAGGCAUCCGCCGCCUCCAGGAUUUUUCGGUUUUUUCGAAGUAG